CCCAUCCCUGCAAAUAAGCCAGAGUAUUAUCGACAAGCAUGAGUGCGACGUGAGUAUCAGUCGGUGGAGGGCGCCAGAUUGUCAUGCAGCGCUCUGUAAGCAGGCGCGUCAUCGCUUCCUUAGCUCACAUCACUCGCUCCUCUGUGGAAAAACUCGGCGUCAGUCAAUGUUUGCGGAGAGGAAACUUUCUUCCUUUGACGGCGCGCAGUCGACGAGAUUUGCAGCUUUCCCAAGCGCACACAGCUCCGUCUCUCUGGAUUACCGGCGUCUGCGACUCCAAAAAACAUAAUCCGCAAAGCUUUUCGGAAGGUGGAUUUGUGCGGUUCUCCUCAGUUUGUGCGUGACAACUGUAUUCAAGUGCCCGCGGCUUCCGGAUAUAUCACAGUUUUUUUUACUGUAUCUCUUGCACAAGAAAGCAGUUUGCGGAUUCUCUCCCCUCUUCACACCUUGAACUGCUCGCUUUAAAUCGCACAUUGGUUUAUAUCGUCUCAGCAUGAAGAUAAACACGUAAGUGGAGAUCGUCCCUGAUGAAAGGAGCCACUAGGGUCACUUCCUGAUGAUGACAGUAAACAUGGAUACCGGUCUCCAAAAUGGACCUGGACCGCACAAGAACUCGCAAGAUGAUGAAGAGGCACUUUCCUCCAUUAUGAAGGACUUGGCAGCUUUGCGCUUCUGCUACCACAUCAAGAGCAACAACAGCAACAAGCCCAAGAGCAGAAGCCCGUCGUACAGACAGGAUUUGCGGGUGAAGCUGGAGCAUGAGCGUGAAAAACGAAUAAUUCCCUUCCAGAGGCCAUUGAAGUUCAAGGAUCUGCUUCAGAAAGUGACAGAGGCCUUCGGGCAGCAAAUGGACCUGUACUUCACUGAGAAAGAGAUGUUGGUGGCUCUGAAAUGUCAGGAAGAUUUGGACCGAGCCAUUCAGGGAUUGAGCUCCAGCUCUGGAAUGAACAACCUGCUGCGAGUGAUCCUGAAAACACCUCCCAACAACCAAUUCCUCCAGGUGAGCGGCCAAGACAAGCAGAGCGAGAUGAAGUCAUCCAGGUCGCUUGGAGAUCUCAAAGCUUCAGUUCUCAAAGGCUCAGAACGAGUGCGCAAACACUCUACAGGGUCUCUGAACACAGGCCGCUCUUCACCACCUCCAGGCAGCGUCCCAGAAGAGCAGCAGCAGAUCGCAAGACAGGGCUCCUACACCAGCAUCCACAGUGAAGGAGAGUUCAUCCCUGAAACACUCGACUCCAGUAUUAUGGAGCCGUUCGGCAGCGCUAAUGGGUCGCUUUCCAGCAGCUGUCAGUCACUGGACCAGGCGCUGGACAGCCCGCCUUUCUCCCAGAACAACCGGGACAACAAUUACCUGAACCUCAACUACGAGUACAAAGGACGACAUGGAAAACACGGCACAUUCCCUCGCCAGUUCCACAUGUCCAGCCGCAGUAAAGACUACGGUGACGGUCGGAGGACAUUUCCUCGAAGCUUUAUGCCUCAGGAGAAUCUGUUUCAGCUGGUGCCGUCCAGCCGCACGCGCAGCUACAACGGAGAGAGCACAUUACUGUACAGUGGAGAUGUGCACUCCAUCAGCUGGACUGAGAAGAACUGUCAGCGCAGCACUCCUAAAUCGCCAAGGGCUCCGGUGAACUGGCGUCAGGGGAAGCUGCUAGGUCGAGGAGCUUUCGGGGUGGUGUAUCUCUGCUACGAUGUCGAUACGGGGCGCGAGCUGGCAGCCAAACAGGUGCCCUUUGACCCAGAGUGUCAGGAGACCAGCAAGGAGGUGAAUGCGCUGGAGUGUGAGAUCCAGCUUUUAAAGAAUCUGCAUCACGAGCGUAUAGUGCAGUACUACGGCUGUUUGCGGGAUCCUGUGCAGAAAAAGCUGUCUAUUUUUGUGGAAUUCAUGCCUGGGGGCUCUAUUAAAGACCAGCUGAAGGCCUACGGAGCACUCACAGAGAAAGUGACCCGCAGAUACACCCGGCAGAUCCUACAGGGAGUUCACUAUUUACACAGCAACAUGAUUGUGCACAGAGAUAUCAAAGGUGCAAAUAUUCUGAGGGACUCCUCUGGAAAUGUGAAACUGGGAGAUUUCGGAGCCAGUAAGCGCAUUCAGACCAUCUGCAUGUCUGGGACGGGGAUCAAGUCGGUCACCGGCACCCCCUACUGGAUGAGCCCUGAAGUCAUUAAUGGAGAAGGAUACGGACGCAAAGCAGAUAUUUGGAGUGUUGCAUGCACAGUGGUAGAGAUGCUAACUCAGAAGCCCCCUUGGGCUGAAUAUGAAGCAAUGGCAGCCAUUUUCAAGAUCGCCACUCAGCCGACAAAGCCAAACCUGCCCGAGGGAGUUUCUGACGCAUGCAGAGACUUCCUGAGACAGAUCUUUGUGGAGGAGAAAUGGCGUCCCACCGCCGAGGGGCUUCUCAGCCAUCCGUUUGUCCAGGGCAGCUUCUGAUCGUGCAGACGCCCAGGGAAAACCAUCACCACUCCUGCCUUCAAGGUCCAGAGAAACCCACCGACCAGCCAACCAAGAACAAACACGACCAUGCAAAGGGGAUAUGAACGAACGAAAUCACACACAAAACUAUCAUGUUAAAACUGAGGUAAACCAAUGAUAGCACUUCUCAUAUUGGUAGUCAGAGUUCCUCAUGGCUCUGUCCCAAAUGACACACUUCAGUUGAGAUUGAUGGGUUUCCCGUUUACUUAAUGGAUCUAUUUUGUGGUUUGAAGAUUAAAGUCAUACUGUGGAUUUCCAUUACCCUACCAGCAGGCACACAACUUCAUAAGAUGCUAAUAUUAGGUUAGAUUUAGAUUGGGAUGUCAGGUGACCAAAAUUCAAUGUCUAGCCAGUGUCUGUGUCGUUAUUUUGAUGUCCAAAAAUGACGUCAAAUGACCUUGAUAUUUGGUUGAUUUUAGGUUGUGUUGGAAAGUGACCAAAAUCCGAAGUCGAGCUAACAUCCUAAACCAAUGUCGUAUUGACAUUCAGUACUGACAUUUAUUCGUCAGGUAUGACAACCAAAAUCCAACAUCUGAUAGACGUCAUAGUGGUAACACAACGUCAAGCUGUAACAUCAUCACAGUGCACUUUUCACCUCAUAGACUUCCAUUAAUACACUUGCAAAUGCAACAGACUGGAAACGCAGGCUCUUGUGACAAGUUUUGCUUGUCGCUUUGUUCGAAAGUUCAUGACCUCUUUGUUCAGAAAUUUGAUAAAGCGAGUGAUUGCUCCAUAUUUUAACGUCUAAUCAUCUUGUUUUAAACUGCGCCAUUUCGCAGCAGUCAUACUACAGAAUUUUGUAAGCUCAAAUGCUAGUGUGAUCGUGGCUUUAUUCUCGGUGGAGUGGGGGCAGGACAAGUGAUGUUCAUUGGCGCCUAUUAGGCCUAUCCCAGGUGAAAAAAAUAUAUAAUUGGAUGCAAUUAAAAUACACUUAAAUACCCGCAAAUACAUUUUUAGUACAUUGUUAUUUUUUUGUGUUAAAUAAAAGUUUGAUGGUUUUAAACUAUAAAUAUACUAAUUAAAAGUUUUUUUUAUACU